UUAGCGCCUCUCCGCUCUUCCUCCUCCACAGACGUCGCUCCGUCGACCCGGCUGCUCGGCUCGGUGUGUUUCAUAACGGCCCGCGGUGUCUCGUCUCGCCUCAGCCGGUCAGGAUGGCAGCGGUCAGGACUCUCAGGAAACUGUGCCAACACUCCCAGCAUCAAGUCUGCAAACUGCACACGUCCGUGUCCAGACAGGAGGCAGUGGUCAUCUCUGGAAGGAAACUAGCACGGCAGAUUCGGGAGGAGGCCCGGGCCGACGUGGAGAAAUGGGUUCUGGCCGGCCACAGGAGACCCCACCUCAGUGUGCUUCUGGUGGGAGACAACCCGGCAAGUCACUCCUACGUCCUGAACAAGACGCGUGCCGCAGCUGACGUCGGAAUCUCUACUGAGACGAUUCUCAAGCACUCGGACAUCAGUGAGGAGGAGUUACUGGACCUGAUCUACAAACUCAACUCAGACCACCGUGUGGACGGCCUGCUGGUCCAGCUGCCUCUGCCAGAGCACAUUGAUGAACGUGCGGUCUGCAAUGCCGUCUCCCCCACCAAGGACGUGGACGGCUUCCAUGUGGUUAAUGUGGGUCGCAUGUGUCUGGACCAGUCCACCAUGCUUCCUGCCACUCCCUGGGGAGUCUGGGAAAUCAUUAAACGCACAGGCAUUCCCACUCUUGGGAAGAAUGUGGUCGUCGCUGGACGCUCCAAGAACGUGGGCAUGCCCAUCGCCAUGUUACUGCACACGGACGGCCGCCACGAGAGGCCUGGAGGCGACGCCACGGUCACCAUCUCCCACCGCUACACCCCAAAGGAGCAACUUCGCCAACACACUCAGAUCGCUGACAUCAUCGUGGCUGCUGCAGGGAUCCCAAAUCUCAUCACCGCCGACAUGAUCAAAGAGGGGGCGGCCGUGAUUGACGUCGGAAUAAACCGGGUGCAGGACCCGGUCACAGGGAAGAGCAGGCUGGUUGGAGAUGUGGAUUUCGAAGGCGUGAGGCAGAAGGCAGGCUUCAUCACCCCGGUACCUGGAGGCGUGGGACCCAUGACCGUGGCCAUGCUGAUGAAGAACACCAUCAAGGCAGCGAAGAACGUCCUGCUGUAUCCCCCGGAGAGAAUCCUCAUGGCAGCUGCGUCCUAAUGACCUGGAGCCGCAUCCAGCUACAGCGACACAUUCCACUCCCGCUAACACUACCCCCCCCCCCCCCCUCGAUUUUUACUUGAAGCAACAUGCAGAGCUCCCCUUGCACAUGGACUGGAAAGAUUAUAGUGUUUCGGCUCUCAUCCCGACGACACCUUCGACCUUGCCUAACUUCAAGUGCAGCCAUGUUUAUACUGUUACAUUCACUCAUGCAUUUGCAUGUAUCACGUAACAGAGUUUUCAGUAUUUAUCAUUUGCUACAUUAUUUCUGUGAGAUUUUAAGAAUCCCAAGAGGUUUGUUCUAUUUAUUGCAACGGUGGCAUAAUAUGUAAAUAUAAAUGGAGACGGGUUACAGUAUUUUAUUCCAACUGGAGAACAGUUGAAGCAGAGAUUUAGCCUUGUCUGUUUAUGCUUUUUCAGUUCAGUUAGUUUCGUGUACCAGGAGUGAUAAGGGCUGACAUCAAGAAUAAGUAUGUUUAUCAAAAUACAAGCUUUAAAGAUUCACAAAUGCCUUUGUAAGACUUUUAAAUAAAUAUUACAAAUAUGUUCUCA